CCUUCGGGGGAGUGCGACUCAUAUUCCCAAUGUAUGCAUGCUGACUUGUUAAUAUAGUAAGCUUUGUUGAAAAGGAUGUUUGUAUUUUUGUUGUGAUGGUGUUAUUUUAUACAUUUAAGAAAAAGAUAUUUUGUUUUCCACCAUGCCCAGCCAGUGUAAGGAUGGACUUCUUUUAGAGUACAUCUGAGUUAAAGGUUUCAAUCAAUCCGAAGCACGAAGUAUGGCAGACAAUAUCCCUGGAGGAAUAGUAGCAGCAGCAAAGAACCGUCUGCAGGUGGUUAGAGGCUUGGAGGAUGUACAAGUGUCGGAAUGUGAAAGCUGCUCCUUUGAGGUGACCCUCAACUUGUCAUACAUCGAGGGAGUGUGGACCAGGGAUGGGAUGCGGCUCAAGUCCAAGCCCAACUGCCGCAUCAGCACACACGGGAAAACGCAUUCCCUUGUUUUAAACAGAGUGGCGUUGGCAGAUGUGGGCUUGAUCUCUUUCCAGGCAAAUGGCAUUCAGACCUCUGGGAGACUCACAGUUAGAGCUAGGGACAUCUAUAUUGUCCAGGAACUUCAGGAUGUUGAUACUAUGGAGCGCCAAUCAGUCAGCUUCAUGUGUGAAGUAAACCAAGUGGAUGUGGAUGGUCGGUGGUACAGAGAUGACUGUAGGAUCAGACCUGGGGACAACAUCAAGAUCAGACAUCAGGGUAAAACCCACACCCUGUCUUUUAAGUCAGUCAGACCAGAACACGCUGGAGAGAUCCGAUUCACUGCAGAACGUGUCUCGUCUUACGCAACUCUUACAGUAAAAGAGCUGCCAGUCCAAAUAGUACGUCCCUUGAGAGUCAAGAUAGCCAUGUAUCACCACAGAGGCCUGCUGGAGUGCCAAGUUUCUCGAGCCAACGCUCAAGUCAAAUGGUACAAGAACAAAAAGGAGCUUGUGUCCAGCAAAAAGUACCAACUGGUCAGCCAAGACAUUUACAGACAGCUUACCAUUGACGACGUCUGCUCGUCAGAUGAAGACACCUACACUUGUGACGCAGGAGAUGACAAAACCAGUUGUCAGCUUCUAGUUGAGGAGCAGGCUAUGAGCAUCGUUCGGGGCAUGAGCUCAGUGGAAGUGACAGAACCUGAGUCAGCGCUUUUUCAAGUGGAGACCAGCUUGAAGUCAGGAAGGCUGCCCAGAUGGACCUUGAAUGGGAAUGUGUUGGAGCCCAGCGAAAACGUGGAUAUCUAUAGAGAGGGUACCAUCCACAGCCUCUGUCUCAUUUCCACAGACAGCUCCAUGUCGGGGCCUGUGGUUUUUGUCGCUGGCAAGAGCCGUUCUUCUGCGGAACUUACGGUAAAAGAGCGGCCCCUCCAAGUUGUCCGCAAUUUGGAAGAUGUGGACGCCAAGGAGAACAGCUCUGUGACUCUGAGCUGUGAGUUUGCCCCCUCCCCCAGAGUGGUGAGGUGGUUUAAAGGUCGUACAGCUCUGAAGACUUCAAACAAGUACAGCAUGAGGAGAGAUAGGAAACGUGCAGAGCUGACAAUCCAUGGCUUGGUAGGGAUGGAUGCAGGGCAGUAUCGCUGCACGGCGGGGGGGACACAGAGCGCGGCACAUGUUAAGGUCGAAGUGCGAAAACUAAAGCUGGUCAAACACCUUGAACCAGUGGAACUUGAAGAAGAUGGUGUUGCCAGCUUCGCUUGUGAGCUCAACUAUGUGGUUGCCAACGUAGAGUGGCUCCUCAACAAUGUCCGCCUCUAUUCCAAUGCCAUAAACAGGAUCCAACACAUGGGUACCAUGCACAGCCUCUUUAUUAAGAAGCUGAGACCCCAGAACAGCAGAAUCACCUUUAAAACUGGUCUUCUUUCCGAGACAACAACUUUAAAAGUUAAAGAGCGACCUGCGGUCUUCCUAAGACCUCUGGAAGAUGCAGUUGGGGAAGAACAAGGGGAAGUCUGCCUCCAGUGUCAAAUUUCCAAAGAAUCUGUAAUCCCAGUCUGGAGAAAGAAUGGCAUUGUCCUGACGCCUGAUGAUAAACACGAGUUGUGCCAGUAUGGGAGGUCCAUGGCACUGAUUAUUCACUGCUUGAGUAAAGAUGACGCUGGACAGUACACCUGUGACCUAGGCACGAGCCAGACCAAGGCUAAAGUUACUGUUCAUGAUUUACACAUCACUAUCAUCCAGCGUUUGAAGACAACCUCCAUAUUGGAGGGUGAAAGCUGUACUUUUGCAUGUCAACUCUCUCACGUUCUUAGUGAUGAGCCUUUCUGGACCAUCAACGGUCAAGUGGUUGUCUCCAAUGGCCACUUCCAGAUCAUCAACAAUGGUCGCAAGUACAAGUUGAGGAUUAAAGAUGCAGUUUUGUCCGACGCUGGAGAAGUGAUCUUUGCGAUUAAUGACUUAAGCUGCAGGACCAUGCUCUUUGUCCAAGAGCGCCCAGUGCACAUUUUUAGGGAUCUGCUGAAUGUCAAGACUGUGCCAGGUGAGGAUGCCGAGCUGAGUUGUGAGAUCACCAAACCUGAGGUCAGCAUCCACUGGCUGAAAAAUGGCCAUCAAAUCAGGCAGAGUCACAAAUACAAGAUGAGUGUGGAAAAGAACCUGGCGAAGCUGAUAGUCAAGAACACCACGAUCAGAGAUUCAGGAGAGUACUGCUGUCAAGCUGAUGGGGUUGCCUCCCGUGCCAAGCUAGAGGUCCGAGAAUUGCAGCACUCAUUUGCACGAGAGUUAAAGGACAGCCAAGCCGAGGAAAAAGCUAAAGUGACUCUGGAGUGCGAGACCAGACAGCCAGCCAAGCGAGUAACCUGGUUGAAGGGCAUGAUGGAGCUGAGAUCUAGUAGGAAGUAUGUCAUGAGGCAGAAGGGUGUGGUGCUGUCACUCACCAUCACUUUUCUGGAGAAGUCGGACACUGAUAUCUACACGUGUGAUGUUGGAACCAUGCAGAGUCGUGCACAGCUGACUGUGCAGGGCCAGAGGGUGGUGAUCCUGGAAGAACUCGAGGACAUUGAGUGCCUUGAAGGGGACACGGUUACAUUCAAGUGUCAAAUCUGUCCCAGUGACUACACGGGGGUGAAGUGGUACCUGGACGAGACUCUCCUCUACAAUAAUCAGCUUAAUGAAAUUCAAAUGCUCGCGGGAGGAUACCACACGCUGACAUUUAGACAGCUAGCGCGCAAAGACACCGGUACCAUUUCGUUUUCAGCCGGUGAUAAACGAUCAUAUGCGUCACUGUUGGUCAGAGAGAGACGUCCAACCAUUUGUAAAGCGCUUGAGGACUGUGAGGCGAUUGAAGGAGGGGGCCUAGUUUUAUCCUGUGUGACGUCAAAGCCUUGUCACAUCCUGUGGUACAAAGAUUGUUGCUUGAUGUGGAACUCGUCAAGGUAUUACGCAACUCGUUCAGGAUGUGAGGCUCGGCUGGCAAUUCGGGAGGUCUGCCAAGGUGAUGCUGGGGUGUAUGAGUGCAGUGCUGGAUCAGUUUCAACAAGGGCUGUUGUAACCGUCAAAGCUAUCCCAGCUGAGUUCACAAAGCCUCUUCAGAACGUAGAGUCCCGAGAGGGUGAGACUGCGACCCUGACUUGUGAGUACUCUCUGCCGGGAGUCCAGUUCCAGUGGAGAAAAGGCAUUGAGAGCCUCAGGCCUGGAGACAAGUAUAUGAUGAAACAGAAACAGACCGUCAUUUCACUCAUAAUCCGAUCUCUGAAGCCAGAGGACUCUGGGGAAUAUACUUGUCAGUGCAGAGGCCACCACACAACAGCAAGGCUCAAAGUCCAAGACAUUCCGAUUACAUUCAUCCAGCAUCUGAAGAACAUACAUGCCGAGGAAGGGAACAAUGUCAUAUUGCGAUGUGAACUAUCCAAAUCUGGAAUACCGAUAGAAUGGAUGAGAAGCCAAGAAGUGCUGAAGAACGGGGUGAAGUACCAGAUGAGAAGAUGGGAGACAACACUAGAACUUUUGAUCUGGAAAGCUGUUCCUGAAGACAGUGGGUUUUACAAGUGUGUGUGUGCUGAUCAGGUGACAUCCGCCACUGUCAAAAUCAAAGCUCUCCCGCUGACCUUCAAGCAGAAACUGCGCAAUGUAACCUUUGAGGAGGGAAACACAGCAAUUUUACGCUGUGAGAUUUCCAAAGCAUCUGCAUUUGUGGAGUGGCAAAAGGGGGGGGAUGAGCUCAUCAAGAAUGGCGACAAAUAUCACAUUCGCCAAAGGGACACGCUGAUUGAACUGAGGAUCCUGGAUGUGACGCCGGAAGAUAGCGAUAUCUACACGUGCAUUUGCGGGAACGUGGAGACCACAGCGACCCUCACUGUGAACGCGCUCCCGAUCACCUUCAAGCAGAAGCUGAAGAACAUUCAAGUGGAAGAAGGUCACAACAUCACGCUCUCUUGUGAGAUCUCAAAGCCUGGCGUCGCAGUGGAGUGGAGGCUGGCUGGUGAGCUUCUAGAAGAUGGAGAGAAAUUCCAGAUGAAGCAGAGAGGCUCCGUGCUGGAGCUGACCAUCAGCGAUGCCCUGCCGGAGGACAGCGGCGUCUACGCUUGUGUCUGCAGAGACCAGAAGACCAAGGCCACAGUUAAAGUCAUUGCUGUUCCCGCCACGUUUAAAGGAAGUCUGAAAAACCAGGAGACAGAGGAGGGCAAUAGCGUGACGCUCCGCUGCGAAGUGUCUAAAACAGAUGCCCUGGUAGAGUGGCAGAAAGACGGGAAGGUUCUGUCUGAGGAGAUGUCAGGACGAAAGUAUCACUUGAAACUUGAAAGGAAAACAGCUGAGUUGACAAUUGUGAACGUUCAAGAAGAAGAUGCCGGGAGGUACAGCUGUAUUACCGGAGAUGAGAAAACCACGGCAGAGCUAAAAGUGAAACCACUUCCUGUCACAUUCAAACGUGAGCUCAAGAAUUUGGAGGUAAAGGAAGGUGACAGUGGGCUUUUCUGUUGCGAGCUCUCCAAACCUGGAGCUCCGGUGGAGUGGCGGAGAGGUCGUGUGCUUCUGAGCAGUGGAAGCAAGUAUGAGAUGAAGCAGGAAGGACCUUACACAAAGAUGAUUGUCAACAACGUGCAAGAUGGAGACGCUGGCAAAUACAUUUGCAAAACCAAGGAUAGUCAAUCAACUGCUGUGCUGUCAGUCCUGGGUUUACCACCACGUUUCACGCUGAUGCUCGCCAACCAGGAGGUGAUUGAAGGCAACAGUGUGUUUCUUCGCUGUGAGCUUAACAAACCUGCCCAGUCAGUGGAGUGGAGGAGAGGAGGGCUGGUGUUGAGACAAGGAAACAAGUACCAGAUGAGGAAGAAAGAUUUACAACUGGAGAUGACUAUUAAUGAAGUCAUUCUCGAGGACGCUGGUGAUUACGCCUGUAUUUGUGGCGAAGAAACUACGACAGCUUUUCUUUCAGUGAAUGAACGACCUGUCAAAUUCCUUCGUGAACUCAGUAAUAUUGAAGUGCAAGAGGGCAACGGGGUAUCACUUAGCUGUCAGCUCUCCAAAGCAGGGCUCACUGCUCAGUGGAUGAAGGGAGACAAUGAGAUAAUCAACGAUGAACGGUAUCAACUCAAGCAGAGAGGCUCUACACUGGAGCUGGUCAUCAGAAAGAGUCAGCCUGAAGAUAGUGGCGUUUACAGCUGCAUUUGCGAAGAUAUUAAAAGUACUGCUACGAUUAUAAUCACGGCAAUUCCAGUGACAUUCAAGCAAAAGUUGAAAAACCAAGAAACAGUGGAAGAGAGCAGUGUGAUACUCCACUGCGAGCUCUCCAAACAAGGAGUCCCAGUUGAGUGGAGAAAGGAUGCUCACCUCCUGAAGGAGGGAGACAAAUAUCAGAUGAAACAAGAGGGCAGGGUGUGUGAGAUGCUGAUCACGGAUCUAACGCUUAAAGAUACUGGCGAAUAUAGCUGCUCCGUUGGAACAGCUGUGACUUCGGCUGAUAUCAAAGUAAGAGUUCUUCCUAUUACAUUUAAGCAAGAAGUUCAGAAUUUGGAGCUUAAAGAAGGUGACAGUGGAGUGUUUUGUUGUGAACUGUCCAAACCUGGAGCUCCAGUGGACUGGAGGAAAGGAAGAGUGAUCUUGAAGCCCGGCUACAAAUAUGAAAUGAAACAGGAUGGGAGUCUCACCAAACUGUUUGUCAACAAUGUAGAAGAGAGUGAUGCUGGGAAGUACACUUGCAAGACAAAGGACAGCCAAUCCACUGCUGAGCUCAUUGUGAAAGCACCUCCCAUCACAUUCAAAACCAAGUUAAAGAACCUGCAAGUGGAGGAGGAAAACAGCAUGACGUUGACAUGCGAAUUAUCCAAACCUGGUCUUUCUGUUGAAUGGAGGAAAGGCCAGGAGCUGCUGAAAAAUAAUUUCAAGUAUCAGAUAAAAAAUCGAAACGGCAUGAUGGAGCUGACCAUCAAAAACACUCAACUGGAGGACAGUGGAGUCUACAGCUGUAGCUAUGGCGAUACCAAGACCGUAGCCAACAUCACUGUCACCCCUAUUCCCCUCAAGUUUAAGAUGGGUUUAAAGAACCAGGAGGCCGCUGAGGGAGGCAACGUGACCCUACGAUGUGAACUGUCCAGGACGGGGGUAUCUGUCCAGUGGUGGAAGGGAGAGGACCAGCUCUCUCCAGGUGGGAGGUAUCAGAUGACCCUCAAGGAGACCAUAGCUGAGAUGAGCAUCAGAAACGUCCAGCCGGAGGACGUUGGGGAGUACAGUUGUGUCUUUGGCGAGCAGAAGACGACGGCGGAAGUGAACGUUAGAGCGGCAGCAUCAGUGUUCUUUGAGAAGGAACUGGAGAGCCAAGCGGUGAUGGAGGGCAAAUCGGUGCUGCUGACAUGUGAAGUUUCCAGUGCGAAUGUCCCUGUCACUUGGAAGAAGGACAACAUUGCCAUUAAAGAAGGGGGACGAGUAAUUAUUACAAAAACAGGACCUACGCAUAUGUUGGAGAUCAAGCAGCUGAACCUGGAAGAUGCUGGCGAAUACUGUUGCAUCACCAGGGGCAAGAAGACCACCGCUAAGUUGGUUGUGAGGGAGCGAGUGCGAAUAGUUACAGAACUUAAAGACAUCACCGUGACUGCUGGGGAGGACGCCAUGUUUGUGUGCGAGCUUAGCCACGCCAAUGUGAAUGAGGGUGUGUGGUGGCUGGGCUCCAGUCCACUGCAGAGGAACGAAAUGAACCAGAUGACAUACCAAGGUCGCACACACCGACUUGUCCUCACCAUGACAACACCUGAGGAGACGGGCAUUGUGGCAUUUGUGGUCGGGGAGGAAAGGGCAUCAGCAAGUCUUCUCGUGGUGCCAAAGCCCAAAGUUUUGUUUGAGGAGAAGCCUCAAGAUAUUCAAAUCUUGGAAGGAGAAAUUGCUACUUUGUCCUGCACAACUUCUGACUUUACCACCCCUGUUACCUGGAGGCGCAACCACAUCCCUCUUCGAGACGGCGAUAAAUUUGAGAUACGAAGGGAGGGAAAAGUCAAUUUACUGCUCAUCCAUGCGGUGGAACCAAUGGAUGCUGGAGUUUACUCUUGUGAUACAGGCGACGCACAAGCCAGUGCCAAGCUUACUGUGAGAGAGCUCCCACCAUUCUUCCAGGAAGAGUUGCAAAAUGUUGAGACUGAGGAGGGAAGCUCAGCCGUGCUUUACUGUGAGCUCUCCAAAUUGGGGCUGCCGGUACAAUGGAAGAAGAACAGGUUGCCACUUAGGGCUGGCAGGAAGUACGAGAUGAAGCAAGAUGGCUGCUUCCUCCAGCUUCAUAUCAAGGAGCUUAAACUUGAGGACAGUGGAAGCUACACGUGUCAAGCAGGAAAUGUAGAAACUACUGCAACUGUUACAGUCAAAGAGCUACCGCCAUUCUUCAAGAAAGAUUUGAGAAAUGUGCGGAUGGAUGAGGGAGGUUCAGUUACCUUGAGCUGUGAGCUGUCUAAACCUAGUGCGCCAGUGCAGUGGAAGAAGAACCAGCUGCCUCUGAGGGCUAACAGGAAUUAUGAGAUGAAGCAAGAUGGCUGUUUUCUCCAGCUUAGCAUUGUGGACCUUAAACCUGAAGACAGUGGCAGCUACUCAUGUCACGUAGGAAGUGUAGAAUCAUCUGCAACUUUAACAGUGAAAGAACUUCCGCCAUUUUUCAAAGUAAACUUACAGAAUGUAAAGGCUGAGGAGGGAGGUAUUGUCUCCCUGCGCUGUCAGGUAUCGAAGCCAGACACCGCAAUACAAUGGAAGAAGAAUAAGUUGCCAUUAAGAGCCAGCAACAAAUAUGAGAUGAAGCAGGAGGGUUGCCUCCUCCAGCUUGACAUCAAGGAGGUCAAACCUGAAGACAGUGGAAGUUACACGUGUCAAGCAGGAAGUACAGAGACCACUGCAACCGUGUCAGUAAAAGAACUGCCUCCAUUUUUUGUUACAAAGUUACAAAAUAUUGAGGUGGAGGAGGAAGGUUCGAUCGUACUGUCCUGUGAGUUGUCCAAACCUGGAGCGUCGGUGCAAUGGACGAAAAACAGGCUGCCUCUCAGGGGCAACAAGAAGUAUGAAAUGAAACAAGAUGGCUGCCUCGUUCAGCUCAAAAUCAGUGACCUCAAACCUGAGGAUGGUGGGACCUACAUAUGUGAAACAGGAAACGCAGAGACCAUUGCAACAGUUUCUGUAAAAGAAAUCCCAGUUGCAUUCAAAGCUGACUUGCAAAGUAUGGAGGCAGAGGAAGAAGAUACAGCAGUCCUGUCCUGUGAGCUGUCUAAACCUGGAGUGGCAGUGCAAUGGAAAAAGAACAAGUUACCUCUGAGGGCAAAUAGGAAGUAUGUGAUCAAACAAGAUGGCUGCCUUCAUCAGCUUAACAUUAUGGACCUUAAAUCUGAAGAUAGUGGAACCUACACAUGUCAAGCAGGAAGUACAGAGAGUUCUGCAGCAGUGACUGUGAAGGAGUUCCCAUUAUUCUUCAAAGAAGAACUAGUAAGUGUGGAGACAGAGGAGGGCGGCUCACUGUCUCUGCGCUGUGAACUGUCCAAACCUGGAGUGCCAGUGCAAUGGAAAAAGAACCGGCUGCCUCUGAAGGCCAACAGGAAGUUUGAGAUGAAACAAGAUGGAAGCCUCCUGCAGCUCAACAUCAGUGACCUCAAGCCUGAGGAUGGUGGAAGCUAUAUAUGCCAAGCUGGCAGUGCAGAGACCAUUGCAACGGUGUCUGUAAGAGAGCGCCCGGUUUCAUUCAAAGUUGACUUGCAAAGUAUGGAGCUAGAGGAAGGAUUAACAGCUGUCCUGUCCUGUGAGGUGUCCAAACCUGGAGUGGUAGUGCAAUGGAAAAAGAACAAACAACCUCUGAAGGACAACAGGAAGUAUGAGAUGAAACAAAAUGGUUGCCUUAUCCAACUCACCAUCAAGGACCUCAAACCUGAAGACAGCGGAAGCUAUACAUGUCAUGCAGGAAGUGCAGAGACUUCUGCAACUAUAACUGUCAAAGAACUCCCAUUAUUCUUCAAAGAAAAAUUGGAAAAUGUGGAGACAGAGGAGGGAGGUUCAAUCUCUCUAUGUUGUGAGCUGUCUAAACCUGGAAUGCCAGUGCAAUGGAAGAAGAACAAAGUGCUUUUGAGGGCCAACACAACGUAUGAGAUGAAACAAGAUGGCUGCCUCCUCCAACUCAAUAUCAAGCACCUCAAAAUUGAGGACAGUGGUAGUUAUUCGUGUCAUGCCGGAAGUGCAGAGACUGCGGCAACAUUGUCAGUGAAAGCGCUGCCACCGUUGUUUGUGACAGACCUACAAAGUAUAGAGGUGGACGAGGGCGUCUCAAUCUCUCUGAAAUGCGAGCUGUCUAAAUCUGGAUUGCCAGCGCAAUGGAAGAAGAACAAGCUACCUCUUAGGGCCAACAAGAAGUAUGAGAUGAAGCAAGAUGGCUGCCUUCUCCAGCUCAACAUCAAGGAGCUCAAACCUGAGGACAGUGGUAGCUACACAUGUCAAGCAGGUGGUGCAGAAACCACAGCAACUGUUUUUGUCAAAGAAUUACCUUGCUUUUUCAAGAAAGAAUUACAAAACACAGAAACAAAAGAGGGAGCUACAGUCGUUUUAUGCUGCGAACUGUCCACACUUGGAGUGUCAGUACAAUGGAAAAAAAACAGAAUGCCAAUAAGAGCAAACAAGAAGUAUUCGAUGAACCAAGAUGGCAGUUUGCUGGAACUUCAUAUCAAGGAGCUAACUUCAGAAGACAGUGGAAUUUAUUCAUGUCAAGCAAGAAGUGCAGAGACCUCUGCAAUGGUGUCUGUAAAAGCAUCUGAGACCAUUUUGCCAGAUGAGGAACCUCCCAUGAUACUUCCGGAAACAAGGAGUACCACUUCCACACCUGAGAAAGUGAAUCUUCCCGAUGUUCACCCAAUCCCUCCAGAACCCAAGAAAAGGACAUUGCGCAAAGCAUCAAUCACCACUUUAGAAUCUGAUUCAGAGCCUGUGUUUAACAUAAAACGGCCCGUUCAGUCUUUGCAAAUAGAUACUAAAGACCAGAAGGAGAUCCAGACUGAAAUACCUGUCGAGACAGACUUUGAAAAUGCUCAGAAUUCAUCCAAACCUGAGACUGUGAAUCUUCCCAUAGUUCACCCAAUCCCUCCAGAACCAAAGAAAAGGACAUUGCGCAAAGCAUCAAUCACCACUUUAGAAUCUGAUUCAGAGCCUGUGUUUAACAUAAAACGGCCCGUUCAGUCUUUGCAAAUAGAUACUAAAGACCAGAAGGAGAUCCAGACUGAAAUACCUGUCGAGACAGACUUUGAAAAUGCUCAGGGUUCAUCCAAACCUGAGAGUGUGAAUCUUCCCAUAGUUCACCCAAUCCCUCCAGAACCAAAGAAAAGGACAUUGCGCAAAGCAUCAAUCACCACUUUAGAAUCUGAUUCAGAGCCUGUGUUUAACAUAAAACAGCCCACUCAGUCUUUGCAAAUAGAAACUAAAGACCAGAAAGGGAUCCAGACUGGAAAAUCUAUAGACACAGACUUUGAAAAUGCUCAGGAUUCAUCCAAACCUGAGAAUCUGAAUCCUCCCGUUGCUCACCCAAUCCCUCCAGAACCCAAGACAAGGACACUGCGCAAAGCAUCUAUCACUGCUUUAAAAGGGGAUGUAGAGCCGAUAUUGAACAUAAAAAAGCCCAUUCAGUCUUUGCAAAUAGAAACUAAAGAUCAGAAGGAGAUCAAAACGGAAAAAUCUAUCAAGACAGAUUUUGAAAAAGCUCAGGAUUCAAACGAACAGAAGGACAAAACGGAGGUUUACAAAGGACCAGCAAUGUUAGUUGAGAAGGAGCUUCUGAUUGAAAAUGUUGAGACAGAGAGGAUGCAACCAAUUAGGCCAGAAGUGAGUCAGCCAGGCAUGAUUCCUGAAGACAAGCUAAAAGGAACACCUCGCGAAAAAGUCGGAGAAGUUGAAAAACUAGAUGACCACUCAGAGAAAACAUUGUGGAAGAGACUUGAGGAGGAGAAAAAGGAUGUAAAACCAACCGUAACAUCCAUUGGAAGCAAAAUAUUAAAAGAAGCAACGUCUACUAUUAAGGAUAGUGAAGUGGGGAAGGCAGAAGAGGGUUUGAAACCCCCUGUGAGGUCAAAAGUAAAAGCAGCAGGAGAAAGGGAACCAACGGAAUAUGUCCGAAAAGAAUCUGAAGAGCUCAUUAUACAGUCAUCAAAUGCUACAGUCAAUGAUUCUAGCGAAGGAAAUGCAGAGAAAAUUCCCAUAAAACAAAUCAAGACCACAGAGAGAGUAGAGGAGCAAGUGCCAUCAAUAAAUCAGCUGGAGAGUCAAUCUGUAAAAAGAAAAGAGCCGCCUCAAGAUAUAAAGACUGAAAUAAUUCCCCCAAGGCCACCUGUUAGGUCAAAAAGUAAAACAAGGACACCGAUGGAAAAGCAAACGUCAAGAGACAAUGAGACAGAUCAAGAUGAACAACAACUAAAAGAGAGAGCAGCGUCUAUGAAAGACGAGGAAUCAAGACAUGAGAUGAAACAGUCAGUACUUGCAGAUGCUGAUCUGGUAGAGACCUCAGUUGUCCCCAAACAGCUGAUUAAACAUCCAGUAAGACCGAUGAGAAAAGAACCUGAAACGGACAAAGAAAUAGCUGCCGGAUCUUUGGAAAGGAAGGACGAACAACAAGAAGUGCGAAUGACAGAAGAAAUUCCUCUCCUCUACAUCUCUGAAGAUGAAACUUUCUCAGAAGCUUUGACCGAGAUCCCACCUGACCACAGCGUCGUUCAACCUGCUGGCUUCUUUGAUGAAACCUCACCCCAACCUUACUCCCCGCCUACCAUUCUGGUUCUCCAGAAGACAGUCCAAGAUACUACACCAACGAUUUACAUGAGUGCUGAAGAUGAACCACAAAUGCAAGAGACUAAUGGCAAGAUCCAGAUUCCCUUCAAAGACUACAAAACCGACAAAGAUACACGACCAGUGUUGAAAGAGGUCUUUAGGAACCAGUGUGUAGAUGUUGAUGGUACCAUCAGUCUCGUGUGUACUGUAGAAGGACAGUACGAGAACGUGCGCUGGCUUAAAAAUGGUCAAUCAAUCAGUAGUGACAAACGACAUUGUAUUAAGACAGCAGAGGGAGGGGUAUGCUCUCUUGUUAUCACUGAACUGACCCUUAGUGACGGUGGCAUCUACACUUGUGAGGUGGUCAAUAAGUUUGGUACUACGUCCUACAACGGAAACAUAACGGUGGUUGCACCUCAACAACCUGCUCAAACACUCCAAAGGCAAGUGCAUCCACCUCUUGCCGCAAUUACUCCACUGCAGUUGGCUUCACAGAAACCUGAGGAAGAAACACAGAUUCAAGAUCAGCCAACUUCAGGGACUGAUCCUGAUAACUACGUCGAGAAUAUAGACGUCUCUUUGUGGGAAGCUUACAACUUGACAGAGCAGCAGAUUCCGUUGAGCCUUCACGGAAGGAGAACAUCGUCUCUCAUUGCUACCAGCUCGAUGUCAAGUCCAUCUGAUUAUGACACUGCACCAGAUGUGAUGGAACCUGUGGAAAUUAAGACCUCAAGGGAGCUUCCUAAGGCAACAGACCAAAAGCCUCCAAAGAAUUUGGAUCAACACCUUUUACAAGUCAAAGGCACUAAAGAGGAACAAAUGAGGACCCCAUCUCCUAAACACCAUAGGGCCCACACACCUUUAGCCAGCACUGUCUCUGGAUCAGAAUCUGAAGGGGAAGAGGAUCAACGCGAGACGUUUGAAAUGUAUGUGGCUCGAGCAGACUGCAACCCAAACAGUGGAAGCAAGGACAGUUUUUUACUGAAGGAGGGUCAGUUCGUCGAGGUUCUAGACUCCGUCCAUCCAGGCAAAUGGCUCGUAAGAACCAAACCCACCAAAACCAAUCCUGCUCGACAAGGAUGGGUGUGUCCAGCCUACCUGGAGAAAAAGAGAAAGGAGGCCUUCACACAAUUGCGGGCACCUCAAGAGGAUCUUGAUGAGAUUGGUUCCACAGGAGAAGAGUAUAGAAAGGCUUUGAGCCAACUGAUCCAAGGUCUGAUUGAUGGUGAAGAAGAGUUUGCCAAAGAGAUGAAGAUGUUUAUUUCUCAUCCAUUAAAUUAUUUGGACUCAAGUCGCCAUGUUCCCAUCAACAUCAUCAACCAGAAAGAUAUCAUUUUCAGAAAUAUAAAAGACAUUGUCCUUCUUCAUGAAAAGUCUAUUCUCCCUGGAUUGAGAGAGUGUACUACAGACGAUGAUGUCGCCAUGCAUUUGAUCCAUCACGGUGAAGAUCUUGAAGAGUAUGUUCACUACAUGCUCGGGCAAUCACAAGCAGAGGCCUGCAUUGCUGAUAAAGCUACCCAACAAUAUCUCAAAGAGCUACCAGGCUCUGGUAGACCUGAAGCUCCAGUCAUAGAUACUUUGACCUUCCUCCAAAGACCAGUUGAAAGGAUUCAGACAUAUCAAGCAUUGCUGAAGGAGUUAAUUAAGAACAAGGCCAAAAGCGGUCAGAGCUGUUGUCUGUUGGAGGAUGCCUACUCCCUUGUGUCCUGUCUACCCUGGAGAUCUGACAACUUGCACCAAGUCUCCCUCAUUGAAAACUACCCUGCCCCUUUGACAGCCUUGGGCGAGCCUGUGCGGCAGGGCGCCUUUACAGUGUGGGAUGAAUCUCCAGAAACAAAAAAGACCUCCAGAGGGCAUCAGAGACAAAUCUUCCUAUUCAAGGAAUGUAUUGUCCUGUGCAAACUAAAAAGAGAUGCCAAUAAGAACUGUGAUACGUUCACCUUCAAGAAUAAAAUGAAGUUGAAUGAUGUAGAGCUAAAGGAAACGAUGGGAAGUGAUGAGAAGACUUGGGAGCUUUGGCAUGAGCACAGGGGCUCAGUGCGGAGAUAUACACUGCAGGGCCGCUCACCACUGGUGAAACUUUCCUGGCUCAAAGACCUGAAGGAGCUUCAGCAACGAGCCAUCCUGCCCACUAACAACCCCCCUGUGUUUACAUCACUACUGUCGGACAACACGGCAAAGAUCGGACAGACCGUCAAACUGAGCUGCAAGGUUACAGGAUUGCCUAAGCCUGUGAUCACUUGGCUCAAAGAUGGCCUCGUGUUGGAGGAUGAUCCUCGGCAUAUUAUCACAGGAGAUAAGUCAGGCGCGUGCAUUUUGAUCUUGGACAGUUUGACCACUGAAGACUCUGGACAAUAUGUGUGCUAUGCUACCAGUAGCAUGGGCAGCACUGGUACUAUGGCUACCGUUGUCGUGCAGGCGCCACCCAGAUUUGUUAGUCGUCUGGAAAGUACUUGUCUGAUCGAGAGUGAAGACAUUCACUUCACUUGUUCCACUCGUACCACUCCUUUGCCCAGAAUCAGGUGGAUGAAGGAUGGCAAAGAGUUGACUGACAAGCAAAAAUAUUCAGCCUUGAAUGACUCUCGAAGUGGAAUAUUGUCUCUAACGGUCAUCGGUGCAACAGAGGCAGACAUCGGACUGUAUGAGUGUGAGCUUUCGAAUGAGUUUGGUUGUGUCAAAUGCAAGGCCGGACUGUGCCCCUCCUACGUCGCCCCGAAUGAAUCUGAGAGUGACCAGGCGCAAGACUUACCUCCUAAAGAUGCAGACUCAGAGGGCUGGUCAUCUGCUUUUGUGAAGAAAUGGCUGCAAACAGAUUUUACUCCCUCCUCGGUUGCUCAGUUAACACCCAUUCAUGAACAAGCUGAGUCUAGUCUUGCAGAAGUUCCUCAACUAGCAGAAACGGAUCAGCCAGCACAACAGCAGCCUUCGUAUUACUUGGAGGAGGAAGAAGAGGAAAUUUAUAUCUCAGAGCAAAUGCAGGAAAUUACAGAUGUUGCUCCCUUCAUCCAAGUACCUCCUGAAGACGUUUGUGUUGAACCAGGACAAUCAGCCACAUUUACCGCCAUCAUUACAGGAAGGCCAAUACCGCAGAUACAGUGGUACAAGGACGGAGAAGAACUUAGAGCCAGUGACAAUGUGGAGAUUGUCCAGCAUGCCGCCCGCUGUUCAGUGACCAUAGUAUGCCCAGAAAGUCAAGACAGCGGUAUUUACACCUGCUUGUCUUACAAUGAAUCUGGCCAUGUGUCGUGUCAAGCUCAGCUCUUAGUGGAGGAAGGUUCACUAGGGUCUCAGGAGAGAGAGGUGGAGUUGGGGAAAAGAAGGAAGCUAUUCACCGUGUAUGAUGUCGGUGAAGAAAUUGGAAGGGGAACAUUUGGGGUAGUGAAGCGUGUGAUCCACAGAGGGACAAGCGAAGUCUUUGCUGCCAAAUUCUUACCACUGCGAAGUAGCACCCGCACCCGGGCCUUCCAGGAGAGGGACUUGCUCUCCCGUCUGGCUCAUCCAAGGGUGGCUUGUCUACUGGACUUCUUCUGCACCCGGCGCACGCUGGUGCUCAUUACGGAAAUCUGCUGUUCUCACGGCCUUGUAGACCAUUUGUUACUCAGAGGGUUAGUUUCGGAGAAAGAGGUCCAGUCAUAUAUUCAGCAAAUUCUUGAAGGUGUUGGACAUAUUCACAGCAUGAACAUUUUGCAUCUGGACAUUAAACCAGAGAAUAUCCUGAUGGUAUAUCCACCCAGAGAUGAAAUCAAGAUCUGUGACUUUGGCUUCUGCCAGGAAGUAGACACAUCCAGACAUCAAUACAGCAUGUUUGGUACGCCGGAGUUUGUUGCACCAGAAAUUGUUCAUCAAGAACCUGUCAGUGCGGGCACAGAUAUUUGGUCAGUGGGUGUGAUGGCGUAUUUAUGUCUAUUAUGUCGUUGCCCCUUUGUGGGUGAAACCGACCGUGCUACACUACUGAGAGUGGGAGAAGGGACCUUAAACUGGGAUGCCCCCGAUGUCAUGAGUAGAAGUCCUGAGGCCCAAGCCUUUCUUCGCAGUCUUCUUCAACCAGACCCUGAGAAGCGGCCAUCUGCCUUUGAGUGUUUGAGCCAUGAAUGGCUCCAGGAUGAAAAUGCAGGGGAAGACACGGAUGAAAUCAACACAAAGGGUUUAAAGGUUUUCAUCUCAAAAAGAAAAUGGCAGCGUUCCUUGACUUGUGUUGGUUCCGUGCUCACCUUAAGGCCAAUUCCAGAACUCCUGGAUGCUCCUCUCAGAUACACCGCGGUGACUGUUCCCCGUGAAAACCAGGAGAACAGUAGCACCUCUCCGAGCAGUGGUUCAUCAUCCGAGUACGAUGAGGCUGACUCUUGGGACUUCUUCCAGCACUGCAGCCCAACUGAAGAGGAAGAAGAAGAAACAGAAGAUGACUAUGACCCCUUGAGCGAGCGAGCACGGAUCCCGAAACCCUUUACCAAACUUCAUCAAGGUCUAUACGAGGAGGAAGAAGUGACGUUUGGGGAGGAGGAGGAUGAUGACGAGCUGGUCGGUCGGAUGAGCAUGUUAGAACGGAGUGUAAGCAGGCAGUCCGCUGCGUCAUCAGAUGUUUCGUAUCUCCAAACUCCUCAGAAUGAAAGAAGGUUCAACAAGGGCAGUAGUCCGUCUCUCAACCUUUCCGAUGGUGACGAAGGUUCAGGGAGCGAUGCGGGUCGAAUCCCUCGAGGCAGCGUGAUCCGUAGCACUUUCUACAGUUCAUCUCAUCAGCUUUCACCCAUGUCUGCCAGACACAUGACAUUACGAGACAAGUUUCAGGCCAAGAAGCAGGAAAGAGGUCGCAAGCCACUCCGGCGGAGCAUGUCGGGGCGCCUCAAUGAACCUCUCAUAGAAUACGUGGAGGAUGACAUGGAAGUUAACCGAAGCCAGAGACGGGGGUCCACCCAACCAACCAUGCACAAGUCUACUUCCUUUGACGGCACCGUGACCCGUACCAAUGCUCCACCCCAGAGAAGGAGCAGGUCUCUCGAUGAGUACUCUCGACGCUCUCCCAGCUCACCCAAGCCCUCAAAGUCAGGUGACGAAGAAGGUACUCAAAGUAUGAAGGAGGAUUUCACAGACGAUGAAGUGAGAGGAAGGAAACUGCUGGUGAUUCCGAAACCUCGGAGACCCAUAAGAAGGAGGGGUUCAACUGUUCCCGCACAGGGCACCGCCGCAUCGGGCGGUAGAUCUGCUCCAUUAAACCUUCUUGUGGGGAACAAAAUCAGCCACGGGAUGGAUCAGGAGCAAUCAGAGGGUGACGCCUUCACUGGCUCCCAGGGUUCCUUGGCUGAAUCGUUUAUUUUGGAACACGGUGGUUCCGAGUCCUCCAGUAGACUUGGUUCAUAUGAGGAGCUCAGAGGGAGGUACAGAUCAGAAGAGAGCGAAGGGUAUGAUGACCCGAGGGAGCCUAUGAUAUCAUCAUCUUCUCGGUCAUUUCAAGAACUCAAACCCAGAGGCCAGUUUCCCCAAGCUCCACCACGUAACCGUACCCGCUCCAACCCCAACAUAUGUCGCUUGCAGAUGUCAUCAACACCUAGUCCAAGUCCUAGCCUCUCCUCUCUCCAGGCUCCUGAAAGACCUCCCAGGGCAAAAGAUAAGAAAGAAAGCCACGGCCUGCAAAGACAUGCAUCUGCACCAGCUCUCGAACUUCAGCCACCUGCAGGAAAAUCCCCAAAGCUGGGCCUCCUGAAUAUCUUUCGAAGGCAAUCUUGGGCUAGCCAUUCCUACUCGCAACUGGAUAGCGCAGAGUUAGGACCAACACUUGGAGAGAUAAUGAAGCCAGAUACACCUACCAUGUCGUUCAGAAAGAAAAUGAGAGCUUCAGCAUCAAGUUUGACCAAGCUGUUUUCGAGAUCAUCCAGUAAUGAAGAUCUAAGUAAAAGAGGGCCAAUUGUUAAGGGCUCAAUGCAACCUCAAAGGGAGCAUGGCCUUGAGAGUCCAAAAAAGAGGACCUCCAAGCGUUUGCCAACUUUCAAGAUACCAGCAUUCAAAAAAUCAAAGGAUCUUCUCGUCCGUCCCAACAAGGCUGAUGUGUUUCAUUUGGACGGAGGUGGAGUACUGCUGGUGUGGAAGCCUGUUCAGUCUAGUGACGCGGUUACCUACUGUGUGCAGUACUGUACAGAUGGUGGCGACUGGACAGUCCUCUCAGAAGAUGUGAAUGAUAGCAGCUAUGUGGCAAAGGAUCUCCCCAGAGGAGCUUCUUAUGUUUUCAGGAUCGGCUGCAUCACUAAGACAGGAGCAGGACCUUUCAGCGAUGCUUCCGCCCCGGUUGUUAUGGCAACUCACCAUGAAGAUGCGAACAUUCCUCUCAUCCAGACUGAGUGCCUUGGUUCAAAGGUUGCUGGCUCAGAAAGUCAAGCAACACAGAGGAAUUACAACUUCCUCUCAGAGAUCAACAGGGGUCGUUUCAGCGUGGUCAACUUAUGUCGCGAUGCUGAAACCAGCCAAGUGUUUGCCGCCAAGAUCACACCUUACCGGGUGGAGCAGAGACAGUUGGUACUGAGGGAAUAUAAACUCUUGAGGAGGCUUCACCAUCCCCACCUGGUAAAACUGCACAGUGCUUACAUCACUUCCUGCUACCUGGUGCUGGUGGAAGAGCUCUGUCCUGGCAAAGAGUUGCUCUACAACCUAGCUGCGAGAGAUGUGUAUUCAGAAGCAAGUGUGGCGGAGCUGCUUGGUCAAAUCCUGAGUGCAGUCGACUACCUUCACGGCCGGCGAGUGGUCCACUUAGACCUCAAGUCUGACAACAUGCUGGUAGACGACGGAAACCACCUGAAGAUUGUUGACUUUGGCUCAGCUCUGUCUUUCACACCUGGUCAGCCUCUCCACACUGAGCAUCUGCAGGGUCUGUCGGAGAGUAAAGAGCACCGCAGCAAAGUUUAUAUUGUCCUCCCUAAAGCUCCGGAAAUCCUAGAGGGCCAAGGUGUUGGGCCUGAGACUGAUGUUUGGGCCAUCGGAGUUCUCUUGUUUAUUAUGUUGAGUGCUGACAGCCCAUUUCAUGCAGAACUGAGCUGGGAACAAGACAAAAACAUCAAGAAAGGAAAAAUCCAGUUUGGACGAUGUUAUCCCGGUUUGUCCGAAGGAGCCCUGAACUUGAUGAAGAGCAGCCUGAAUAACAAAUCCUGGGCAAGACCCACGGCGGCAGAGUGUCUCCAGAAUCCUUGGCUGCGUGCCCAUCGUGCUCCUCACCGAUCACGCCACUCCAAGGUGUGCUUCUCUACCGAUAAACUCAAAGCGUACCUCAUACAGAAGGAAGAGAAGAGAGACCAAGUACGCACCAAGCUUCAGGGUCCCUUCUUCCAGUAGUGAGCCAACUGAGAAAAACAAUGGAAGGGUACAGCAUGGUAUUAACAAAGUUGUGUGUCAAUCAGUUGUUCUUUGAGGAUACUGUGAUGCGUCUUAAAAAGCUGCAUAUCCCUUUAUUUUAGCAUUGUGGUAAGAGUGUUCUAUGUGGUUUGGUUCUGGUUUAAAUGCAAACAUAUCAGGGAUAAUGUUCAGCGAGCAAGUUUGGACAUGAUCAUGUUUCUCUGUGCAUGUCACAUUUGAAUUUAAAUAUAACAUUGUUCAACCCUUUUUGUUUUCAUGUGUAAAUGAGAAUUUAUUUUUAGGUUGGAUAUCUGAGUCGUACAAUUUAUUGUGUCAACCACCGGCUUGGAUGAGUUUUCGGAUGACGGGUGAAAUAAAUGGCAUUAAAUUGACUAGUAA